GUAAAUCAUGGUGACCUAGUACCUGAGAGUUAUUACAUACAUAAAAGCAGAAAAUCUUUAGCACAAGCUGAAGGCGUGAAAAAAAUUACGCUAUCUCGAGGUUCUUACUCACAAGUAACGGUUGAAGUGCAAAAAUGUGGUUCACUGAUUGAAUGGGAAUACGAAACUAACAGCAGGGAUAUUAAGUUUGGUCUGUUAUUCCAAGAAAUGGGUAUUAAUGGUAAAAAUGUUAUAGAAUUAGUUCCUACGCAGAAAAUUGAUACGAACGAUUAUCCUCAAACGGGAAUGUAUAAGUGCGGUAAAGUGGGCACAUACUUGAUACUCUUUGAUAACAGUUACAGCUGGAUACGCUCAAAGCGCAUUUAUUACAGAGUGAAAGUGGUGCCUCCAGAAGAUCAAGAAAUAAGUAUCGUAGACUGA